AUGCGGGAUCAAAAGGCACCAAACGUAGAAGCCUCUCUAGCAACGUCGGCUGUUAUAGAAAGACCAUUCCAGAAAAGUCCCAAGCAGCUGCCGUCGCCUGUUGUCACUGAUACAGCACCCAGGGACAAUGUUCAGCCACCGGCUUCAUGGUGGCGCCGAGUGUUCAGCUUCAUUUGGGACUCUGUUGAAGGUGAUCCGGAGUAUCGCCAAUACGUGCAAAGGCUGGAUCUUUUUUUCUUUCCAACUGUCUGUCUAGGUUAUUUUAUCAAAUACCUUGACCAAACCAAUUAUAGCAAUGCGUUUGUGAGCGGCAUGCAGGAAGAUCUGGGCCUUUAUGGUAACGAACGAAAUUGGCUCAACACCUGGUUUAGUCUUGGGAUCAUGGUUGGGAGCGUGCCAGCGCAGUUAUCGCAACUAAAGUUCUUCCGAUCCUCAGUUCUGUUGCCCUGCUGCGAGCUCAUUUGGUCAAGCUUGGUCAUCGGCAUGGGUUUCUCAAAGAACAUUCAAACAAUGUACGCGUUGCGCUUUUUUAUCGGCCUUUUUGAGGCUUGCGCAUUCCCUGGUUACAUUGCCAUGCUUGGUGGCUGGUAUGGCCCCAAGGAACUGACAAAGCGACUGGCCAUUCUCUUGCAAAUAGAGUCGAUCGCCUCAAUGUUUAGUAGCUAUCUACAAGCCGGGCUGUAUGAAAGCAUGAAUGGGCAUGCAGGUAUUGCUGGGUGGCGAUGGUUGUUUAUCAUGGAUGGAGUCAUCUCGUUGCCUAUAGCGCUAUGGGGCUUCUUUGGCCUGCCUGAUCUCCCUCAUAACACGAGGGCAUUCUACUGGUCGCCAGAGCAUAUUCGAUACGGUAUCGAGAGAAUUGAGAGACUCGGACAAAGAGCUCAAACAAAGUUGACCUCCAAGGAAAUGAAACGCAUAUUCUUAGGCUGGGAGAUUUGGGUAUUUGUGAUCCCAUAUACAAUGGUGGCUGCGUGUCACACGGCAACCAGUUACUUUAAUCUAUGGCUCAAGGCAGCAGGCUACAGCGUCGUUGAGAUCAAUGUCAUGCCAACAGGCGGCAGCGCUCUCAAUAUCGUUGUGACGAUCUUUUGGGGCAUGCUCGCCGAUCGCUUCGGCUGUCACUAUUGGUUGAUUAUUAGCAUCCAGCUAUUGAUGAUACUGUCGAAUGUGUUGCUUUCCGUUUGGAGCAUACCCAAGGGUGCUCUGAUGUUUGCCUUUUACCUCUCAUACGCUGGAUCUGCAGCCACCCCAGUGCUUAUUGCUUGGGGAAACAAGUUGAACGCAGCCGAUCCUAGCCUACGACAGCUCUUGGUAGCUGUUGCCAACGUGGUGUCCUAUGCCUGGGUCUUAUGGGUACCAUUGGUUCUGUUUCCGACUCAAGACGCACCCAAGUACAAGUAUGGAUACCAGAUUCUUAUACUAUUUGGCGGCCUUGCGAUUUUAAGCGUAACACUCAUGAAGUAUGUGUAUAGAAGGCGAGAGUAA